AUGCCAAAGGCGAGCCUGGCUGGCACCCCUAAUCGCCCGACAUUGCCAGCCGGUGCGACGUCGUCCUCGGGCAUCAAGCUCAAAUUGACAAACUCACAACCGCCAACACCUACCGAAGGGCCAGCCUCCAGUCUCCCGCCAGCUUCGACAGAGAAGAAAAAACGUCCAUAUGUCCGUAAGACCGACGCAGGGAGCAGUAAGAAGCGCGCAGCCGAGGAGGACAUCAUUUCGCCCGCGGCCAAACGCGUGCAAAGCGGGACCGGUCGCAAGCUGUCGAUCAAAUUACCAGGACAACAGUCUUCAGGGGGCACAAUCGCACUCGCAGCCAAGCGGAAAGCCUCCGUCCCGAAGAUCAUCGACAUCCGAGCGCGGCAAAGGGCGCCCCCGCGAGCAAAAGGCAUAGGAUAUGAUUCGGAGGAUUCCGAUGUGGAAAAGGACCCAGCUAUUCAACAGGCGCUAGUGCUGCGCAUGCAGCCAGGCGAAGAUGCAAAUUAUCUCCGGAAGGCGAUCGCGGACGGCAGCAUCGGUCCCUUCACUAGUCAAGGUGACGCCGACGUGUCGAUAAAGUUUGUGGAGAAAAAUUAUCGGCGGGCGGUGGUGAAGGUUCGAGGAAACACAUACGCGGCUGCUCUGGUGGAUCUACCGUGCAUCGUGGAGACCAUGAAGAGCUUUGACAGGAAGGGCUGGUACAAAGUGGCGGACUGCUGUCAGAUGCUCUAUGUCCUCGGCCCAUGCAAGAGUGAAGAGGAAGCGAAGAAUUAUCGAUUACCCAGUGAUGUCGACAAGGAGAAUUUCCAAUUCGCCCAUGGCUUGACACCCCCCCUUCACUACGUGCGCAAGCGCAGGUGGCGAUCACGGCCCAACUACAACCAUGCGGUUGAAGCAGAAGAGCAGGCGUUACGAUUACUGGAGAUGGACCGGUUGGUGGAAGAAAGCGGUGGCACGAGCAGCUACGCUGUAAAGAAGACGGCGAAUCUCGAUCAAGCCCAAGAAGAAUCACAAUACGAGGACGAAUACGAUGAAGAGGAGGAUGCGGAAGAGGACGCGGUAGAGACAGUCGAGGCCACUGGCCAAUACCCCUUUGACGACGAGGAGGAAGACGGCGUCGAUCUGGAGGCCGAACUCGCCGCACAGAUGGAAUUCGCCGAGGACGACGACGACGAGCCCAGCGGCGACAUGGUCGAAUCCCCCAUGGCCAUGGGGGGCGACGAAGGGGCCUCCGUCCCGCCCGAAACCGUCGAACCCACCCCGGCCGGCACCCCGGCCGCGAUGGAGACGCCGCCGGCAGAACAGCCUUCGUCCGACGAAGACGAGUCCGACGAGGACGAGGACGAUCUGGACGUGUUCGACGAGGACGCCGCGGCCAAAUCGGCCGAACGCGCCCAGCAGCUCGAGGAGGUCGCCGACCUCGAGCAGGAGAUCGCGCGCACGCGCCAGAAGGCCCAGGCCAUGACCAACCAGCUCCUCAAGACGAGAGAACUCCGCAAACUGGCCGGCCUGGAGGAGGAUCUCAAGGCGAAGAAGGUCAUUUUCGGUCUCGAGGAUGAGUAG